UUGCAUAACUUUCAGCUAGCCAAUGUUGAAAAAUUAGAAAAAGAAUUUGAGACGAUUUUUGAUGAUCCGAAAUUUACUAAAUGCAAGGAAUUACUUGAGAUUAAUUCCAAGCUUAAUUAUCAGGUCCAGCACCUGCAUAAGGCAUCUGAUUAUUUUUUUAAUUCUUUUAUUAAGGAGCAGAAUGACUUAAUAAACGGAUCCCAGCUGAGUAUACUUAAUGGGCUUAUCGCCGCAUUUGACAUGGCGAUCAAAUCCGCUUUUCCUGAUCUUUCUGGUCACAAAGUUGUUGUAAUCCCAUCAAUCAUGAAUAAUUUUGGGGAUUAUCAGUGCAAUAAUGCCCUUUCUUUGUCGAAAAAGUUAUUAAAAGGGAAACUGUCUCCUUGCGAUCCAAAGUCUGUUGCAGAGAUAAUCGUAAAAGAGUUGAAGCAGACUGAUUUUAUCUCUAAAAUAGAGAUUGCUGAUCCUGGCUUUAUCAAUAUUUGGAUAUCUAAGGAAUUUAUCAUCGAAGAACUCUCAAAGGUGGUGAAAUUCGGCGUCCUUCCUCCCAUUCUUCAAUCUAAGAAAAAGAUUAUCAUUGACAUGUCUUCCCCAAAUAUUGCUAAAGAGAUGCAUGUUGGACACUUAAGAUCAACCAUAAUUGGUGAUAGUCUAGCCCGAUUACUUUCGUUUUUGGGGCAUUCUGUUACUAAAUUUAACCAUAUUGGUGAUUGGGGUACUCAAUUCGGGAUGCUUAUUGCUCAUCUUCGGGAAAACUUUCCCAAUUACACAUCUGCUCCUCCACAGAUAUCGGAUCUUCAAACGUUUUAUAAAGAGGCGAAGGUUCGCUUUGAUGAGGAUGAAGACUUCAAACGACGAGCCCAUUUCGCGGUCGUAGAGUUACAAAAAGGGGAGGAGAAGUAUAUUCAAGCUUGGAAGCAUAUUUGCGACAUAUCUCGCCAAGAGUAUGAAAAUAUGUAUCAAAGGUUGAAUAUUAAAGACCUAAUUGAGAGAGGCGAAUCAUUCUAUCAAUCGCGAAUGGAAGAUUUGAUCGCUGAUCUUACUUCUAAAAACUUACUGAUCACUGACGAGGGUCGUCAAAUAAUGUGGGCUCCAGGUAGCGAUGUUCCUUUAACUCUGGUUAAAUCCGACGGGGGCUUUACCUAUGAUACUUCGGAUAUGGCUGCGCUGCGUUAUAGGAUUGAGGAAGAGGGUGCGGAUUGGCUAAUUUAUGUAGUUGAUCUUGGCCAG